AUGAACCUGAGAGAUUGUGCAUUGCAAUGGACAGACAUUGAACACAUUGCCUCGGCUGUACAUAACAUGCAUAAACUAACUGAUUUAAUCCUCUCUAAUAACCCGGCACUUGGCGAAUCCACUGAGAAGUGGUCCCGUUACUCGUUAAGAGUGAAGAAAAAGCACACGCUUGACCUGAGCAGUCUCUCACUAACGUGGAAAGAUGUUGGUACGAUUUCCAUUGUGUUAGACCACAUUCCUGCACUGACUGACUUGACCCUUGCUGACAACUGGGGAUUAGGCGUAUCGGCUGAGUUGUGGGCCAAGGAACUCCCGAGAAUGACGCACCUUAAUAAGCUGGACCUAACGUUUUGUCGUUUGACGCCAUCGGACAUUAAACACAUCGCCUCGGCUGUACUUGACAUGCCCAGACUGACUGACUUGACCCUUGGUAACAACUGGUUAUUUACGAGAUCGGAUGAGUUGUGGGCCAAGGAACUGCCGAAUAAGACGCACCUAAUUAGGCUCGACCUGACGAGGUGUUAUUUGACGUCAUCGGACAUUAAACACAUCGCCUCGGCUUUACAUGACAUGCCCAGACGGACUGAAUUGAUCCUCAGUAGCAACUGGGGAUUGGGCGGAGCAGCUAAGUUGUGGGCCAAGGAAUUGCCGAAAAUGACGCACCUAAUUAGGUUGGACCUGACGAGUUGUAAUUUGAUGCCGUCAGACAUUCAACACAUCGCCUCGGCUGUACUUGCCAUGCCCAGACUGACUGACUUGACCCUUGGUGACAACCAGGAAUUGAGCAGAUCGUCUGAGUUGUGGGUCAAGGAACUGCCAAAAAUGACGCACCUAAAUAGGCUGGACCUGUCGUCGUGUCGUUUGACGCUGUGGGACAUUAAACGCAUCAACUCGCCUGUACUUGACAUGCCCAGACUGCUUCACUUGAUUCUUAGUGGCAACUGGAGAUUGAAUAAUCUCAAACAACCAACUGGAACCAUUGCAAACAUCGGCUUAGUCAGCGGGAGCAACAUCCCUACCAUUGUUGGUGCAACUGGAGUGAAUUUCACUAUUAUCAACUACCAGAUGGAGGGACAAGAACCACCUUUAGAUGACAGAACUCUGAGGGAGGUCGCUAAGAGGCUCGGUUGUGCUUGGGUCGCACUGGCAGUUGAGCUGGACUUUACGAUGGUACAGGUUCAGACUAUUGAGAGAAAUCACCAAAACGAUAUCACAAGGCAAGGUCUCGAUAUGCUUGUAACAUGGAAACAGGCCCAGUCCACCAGUGAUGAACAGCAGAGGACCACAUUGUGCACAGCAUUGGAGAAGAUCGGAAGAGCAGAUAUUGUCGGAUUCCUGCAAGGAGUGCCUGCACCCAGACCUCAGCAAAGCCAGCGACCAGACCAAGAACCAAGAGUGGGAGAUCCCUACCAAGAAACUGGUAACAAGACUAGGGACAUUUUGAAGAGAGUUUAUACAACAACAGGCAGUUACGUGCAGUUGUUGCCUGGGGUUGAUAAUGACAAAAUGCACAUACCUGGUAUAUACACUAAAGUACAGUUAGAAACACGGGAAGGGGUAGCAGUUGUCACCGGCCAGAAAGGAGAAACUGUAAACUCAACAGAGUAUGCCAAAAUAUUCAGAUUAAGGACAUUAAGGACAAAAACCGAGGAACUAAUAAAACGCCUCAUUUUCUUUGGCAUGGGAGGUGUCGGGAAGUCAACCAUUUUUGAUAAGAUUGCAUAUGACUGGGCCGAUGAAACAAGCGAAAUCUUGAAGAGGUUUAAGCUUGUCUUUCUUUUAAAGAUGUGUGCUCUGUCGCAAGAAUCCGAUCUUGUUGAUUCCACUUUUGAUCAACUACUAGGAGAAAAGUCAGGAAUUGAAAAAGAUGAGCUUGAUAAAUUCAUCCUGGCCAACCCAAAUGAGGUCUUGAUUCUUUUGGAUGGUUUUGAUGAAAUGAAGACCAAAAAACUUGAUGCAGCCUUGUUCGGUUCUAUCCUAAAAGCACUCAAUAGAACAGUAUACCAGGAAUGUUUCAUCUGUGUCUCAAGCCGCCCCUCUCGUCUUGAGACACUGAUGUCAGAAACACUUGUCCAAAAUCCUUGCACACACGUAGAGGUUCUGGGGUUUACCGACGAGGAUGUUCAUGAAUACGUAAAGAAAUUCUUUGACAAAGAUCCUGAUAGUCGCAAUGCACUAAUCCAAACCAUUGAAAAGUCCAACACGCAGCGUGGUUUUGCAACAAAUCCGUUGUUCCUACUUCUUAUGUGCUUAUUGUGGAGGGAGAAUAAACAACUUCCAGAAACAACUUCACGCCUAUUCAAUGCUGCAGUUGAUCAUAUGUUCACAAGAAAACGUAUCUCUGGAGAAGACGUUUCAAAAACAGUGAUUUCCAUAGGACAAACUGCGCUGCUUGGACUCAUGAGUGCCAACCAGAAAUUCUCAUUCCAAGAAGAUGAGUUUGAACCGAGGGCACUGGACCUGGCUCUAAAAGCGGGUAUCCUAACCAAGCAGAGAGUUAUCAAAAACUGCAAAUCUCACAAUAACAUACAAUUCACGCACAAGACUAUGCAGGAAUACUUUGCAGCGAAAUACUUGCAGAGUGUACAUAGGACUAACCAGGGAUUCGUAAUGCGUUGGGUGUACACAGUUGUACCACUCGGAGAAUUUACAUACAAUUUAAGGCAACUUUGUCAGACAAUUGAGGGAGUCGUUUCAAAUGAGUUUCUCUUUCGUUUUUGUUGCGGUGACAAUGAGAAAUGUAUGACGGACAUCGUAAACUUGCUUGACAGUAAGUUUAAUAAGUAUGAGCCCAAGUACCAAUCAGAUGUAGUACAAGCGAUUAGUCGAAACUGCUUUUUUGAAAGCCAGUCAAGCAAGGCCCCACGGUGUCUCACCAGCGACUCGCAUAUCCCAUCAACUAUCGAUGCGCAUAACACUAAUGACUUCCGCAGUCUUAUGUACCUUCUUGAAAUAAUCUGUAAGUCAGAAAGCCGCAUGGCACAACUGGCACGCGUUGAAACUAUUGAGGUCUCUUCGGUGUCUUCGGUCAGUGAUUUAGCCUUCGUUCUGGGUUACAUGGAAAACCUCAGGAAUCUGAGGCUCUACAGUUGUCCUUUAGUGAACGGUGAUCUUGAGAAAACCCUCUUGUCACUGAAAUGCCUUCCCUUGAUUGAUCUUUGCAUAAAGGGUGGCAAUACAUUGGGUGGUAGAGCUAAAGAAUGGGCCCCUCAUAUUAAACACUUUACAAGCCUCAACAGACUUGAAAUAAGUGACUGCAACCUUCAGAUUACAGACAUUGAACACAUUGCCUCUGCUGCAACUGACAUACCAAACCUGACUGACUUGAACCUGGCUGGCAACACAGCGUUGGGCAAAUCGGUUGAGUUGUGGGCCAAUCAUUUGUCGCGAUUUACGAACAUACAGACGUUGAACCUGAGCAAUUGUACAUUGCAAUGGACAGACAUUGAACACAUUGCCUCGGCUGUAGGUGAUAUGCCCAGACUGACUGACUUGAUCCUCACUGACAACCCGGCACUUGGCGCAUCGACUGAGAAGUGGUCCCGUUAUUUGUUAAGAGUGAAGCAAAAACACACGCUGGACCUGAGCAAUUUCUCACUAACGUGGGAAGAUGUUGGCACAAUUUCCGUUGUGUUAGACAGUAUUCCCAAACUGACCAACUUGAUCCUUUCCGGCAACACAGCGUUGGGCGGAUCGGCUGAGAUGUGGGCCAAUCAUUUGACGCGAUUUACGAACAUAAAGACGCUGAACCUGAGCAAUUGUACAUUGCGAUGGACAGACAUCGAACUCAUUGCCUCGGCUGUAGGUGACAUGCCAAGCGUGACAAACUUGAUCCUCACUGGCAACCCGGCACUUGGCGUAUCGACUGAUAAGUUGUCCCGUUACUUGGUAAGAGUGACGCAAAAACACACGCUGGACCUGAGCAAUUUCUCACUAACGUGGGAAGAUGUUGGCACAAUUUCCGUUGUGUUAGACAGUAUUCCCAAACUGACCAACUUGAUCCUUUCCGGCAACACAGCGUUGGGCGGAUCGGCUGAGAUGUGGGCCAAUCAUUUGACGCGAUUUACGAACAUAAAGACGCUGAACCUGAGCAAUUGUACAUUGCGAUGGACAGACAUUGAACACAUUGCCCCGGCUGUAGGUGACAUGCCCAGACUUACUGACUUGGUCCUCGCUGACAACCCGGCACUUGGCGCAUGGACUGAGAAGUGGUCCCGUUAUUUGUUAAGAGUGAAGCAAAAACACACGCUGGACCUGAGCAAUUUCUCACUAACGUGGGAAGAUGUUGGCACAAUUUUCGUUGUGUUAGACAGUAUUCCCAAACUGACCAACUUGAUCCUUUCCGGCAACACAUCGUUAGGGGGAUCGGCUGAGUUGGAGGCCAAGAGAUUGUCGCGACUUACGAACAUAAAGACGUUGAACCUGAGCAAUUGUACAUUGCAAGGGACUGGCAUUGAACACAUUGCCUCUGCUGCAAUGCCCAGUCUCACUAACUUGAUCCUUGCUGGCAACACAGCGUUGGGCAGAUCGGCUAAAUGGUGGGCCAAGCAUGUGUCGCGAUUUACGAACAUACAGACGUUGAACCUGAGCAAUUGUGCAUUGCAAUGGACAGACAUUCAACGUAUUGCCUCGGUUGUAGGUGACAUGCCCAAACUGACUGACUUGAUCCUCACUGGCAACCCAGCACUUGGCGUAUCGACUGAGAAGUGGUCCCGUUACUUGUUAAGAGUGAAACAAAAGCACACGCUGGACCUGAGACAUUUCUCACUAACGUUGGAAGAUGUUGAUACAAUCUCCGUUGUGUUAGACAAUAUUCCCGCACUAACUAACUUGAUCCUUGCCGGCAACACAGUGUUAGGGGGAUCGACUAAGUUGUGGGUCAAUAAUUUGUCCCGACUUACGAACAUACAGACGUUGAACUUGAGCAAUUGUACAUUGCGAAAGACAGACAUUAAACACAUUGCCUCGGCUGUAGGUGACAUGUCAAGCCUUACUAACUUGAUCCUUGCCGGCAACACAGCGUUGGGUGGAUCAGCUGACAUGUGGAUCAAGAGUUUGUUGCGAAUUAGAAACUUAACUACGUUGAACCUGAGCAGUUGUACAUUGCAAUGGACAGACAUUGAAGACAUUGCCUCGGCUGUAUCCAACCCCUAUGAUUUAGAGGACCUGUUUGGCUUUGAUAGCGGCGAGGCCAGACUGACUGACUUAAUCCUCACUGACAAUCCGGCGCUUGGCGCAUCGACUGAGAAGUGGUCCCGUUGUCUGUUAAGAGUAAGGAAACAACACACGCUGGACCUGAGAAAAUUCUUACUAACGUGGAAAGAUGUUGGUGCGAUUUCCAUUUUGUUAGACCACUUUCCCGAAAUAACUAAGUUGAUCCUUGCCGGCAACACAUCGUUAGGGGGAUCGGCUGAAAUGUGGUCCAAGAAUUUGUUUGAAUUUACGAACAUAAAGACGUUGGACCUAAACCAUUGCUCAUUAACACCGACAGACAUUGAGUGCAUUGCCGCGACUGCAUGUGUCAUGCCCAAUCUGACUGACUUGGCCCUUUCUGACAACAACAGUUUUCACGGAUUGGAUGAGUUGCAGUCCCACUUUCCAUCGCUUAAGAUUCACUAG